AUGAAAAAGGAGACCAAGGCUGUGGGCGAGUCCGUCACUUUCCACCUCCAGAACCCAGAGAGACAAGACAUAGUCUGGAACUUCCGUGGUGAGAUCAUAGUGUUGGUGAGACCCGGCCACCCUCCCAGCAUCACGUUUUAUGACAAGAGUUACGAGCAGCGCUUGACCGUCUCCGAGAAGGGUGACGCACUCACCAUCUCCCAGUUGACAACCAACGAUGCCGGGACCUACACUGCCACCAUCCCAGGCGACAAAACCACCUUCACCCUACGUGUGUACAGGGAGCUGACGGCGCCGACAGUGACCUGCACGGCCAUCAACUGCUCGGCCGACAGCUGCAACUACACCCUGCGCUGCACCGCGCUGGGCUCCGGCUUGGGUGAUGUUUCCUAUGUUUGGUUCAUGGGAGGCUUGCUGUGGGUCGAGGGACCCACCGUGCAG